AGCCACGUCGCUGUGGCUCAAUUCGAUGGCGGACUGCAAUGUCCCCAGACCUGCCCAGGGAGGGACGGAGCAAAGUCACUGAGCCACUCUCACCGGCUCUGUUAAUCUGCCAUCUGAACGCCUGGAAAGUGAGGUUACAGUUACCAUUACGUCCCUCCCGUGAAGUAGUAUGCGGGACGGGAUCUGCACUGACCGGGACGAGCCAGAAGUGGAGUGAAGAGUAGCGGAGUGCGCCGGGCUGACGCACCGCAUGUUGAGCCUACAAGUUCACUGAAAUAACAAAAGUCGCGUCGUCGGGGAAGGGAAAGCCGCUCUUGGAUUUAACUGAGGUUUGAGGGACACUUGUUUCCGGCAAGAUGAAAUUCGCGGAGCAUCUUUCGUCCCAUAUCACUCCGGAGUGGAGGAAACAGUAUCUUCAGUAUGAGGCGUUCAAGGAUAUGCUGUAUGCAGCCCAGGACCAAGCCCCAUCCAUAGAAGUUACAGACGAAGACACGGUGAAGAGAUACUACGCCAAGUUUGAGGAGAGGUUUUUCCAGAAUUGCGAGAAAGAGCUCCUGAAGAUCAACACUUUCUACUCAGAAAAGCUUGCUGAGGCUCAGAGACGUUCUGCCACGCUGCAGAAUGAGCUGCAGUCUUCACUGGAUGCUCAGCGUGAGAGCAACGCUCCGCCCAGCCUGCGCAAACGCAAGACCAUGUUCCACCUGUCGCAGGAGGAGCGCUGCAAACACCACAACAUCAAGGACCUGAAGCUAGCCUUCAGCGAGUUCUACCUCAGCCUCAUCCUGCUCCAGAACUACCAGAACCUGAACUUCACUGGUUUCCGUAAAAUCCUGAAGAAACAUGACAAGAUCCUGGAUACGCCUCGCGGGGCCGACUGGCGUGUGGCUCAUGUGGAGGUGGCUCCUUUCUACACCUGCAAGAAGAUCACACAGCUCAUCUCUGAGACAGAGACCCUGGUGACCACAGAGCUGGAGGGGGGAGAUCGUCAGAGGGCCAUGAAGAGGCUGAGAGUUCCUCCACUGGGGGCAGCUCAGCCUGCUCUGGCUUGGACAACGUUUCGUGUGGGUCUUUACUGUGGCUUCUUUAUCAUUCUCGCCAUCUCCUUCGUUCUUACCGGUGCUGUGUUCAUCCGCUUUGAGAACGUUUGGCCAUUAGUGCGGAUCUAUCGAGGCGGCUUCCUGUUGAUCCAGUUCCUCUUCCUGUUGGGAAUCAACACAUACGGAUGGAGGCAAGCUGGAGUCAACCAUGUGCUCAUCUUUGAGAUCAACCCCAGAAACAACCUUUCACACCAGCACCUCUUUGAGAUUGCUGGUUUCUUGGGAGUGCUGUGGUGUCUCAGCAUCCUCUCCUGUCUGUACUCAGAGUACACCUACCUCCCCAUGCAGAUCAACCCCCUCAUCCUCUACGGCUUCAUGCUGCUCUUCCUCAUUAACCCCUUCAAGACCUGCUACUACAAGUCACGUUUCUGGCUCCUCAAGCUGCUGUUCCGCGUCUUCACUGCGCCGUUUCACCGGGUGGAGUUUGCAGACUUCUGGCUGGCCGAUCAGCUCAACUCUCUGGUGGUUGUUCUGAUGGAUUUGGAGUAUCUGAUCUGCUUCUACGUCUUUGAGCUGCAGUGGAGCAACAGCAAGGGCCUGCUGCCCAACCCCAGAGACACUGGGGACUUUGUUUGCCACAGCUACUCAUAUGGUCUGCGUGCCGUCAUCCAGUGUCUGCCCGCCUGGUUCCGCUUCAUCCAAUGCCUCAGGCGUUACCGUGACACCAAGAGGGCUUUCCCUCACCUGGUCAAUGCUGGGAAAUAUUCCACAACCUUCUUUGUUGUCACCUUUGCAGCACUCUACGCAACACACAGAGAACAAGGACAUACAGAUGCCGACAUGUUCUUCUACCUGCUGAUAGUAUUCUCCACAAUCAGCUCCCUCUACACACUGAUCUGGGACCUGCGCAUGGACUGGGGCCUGUUUGACCGAGGAGCUGGAGAAAACACCUUCCUCAGAGAAGAAAUAGUUUACCCACAUAAGGCCUACUACUACUGUGCCAUCAUAGAAGAUGUGAUCCUACGUUUCGCCUGGACGAUCCAGAUCUCUUUGACUACAACGACCAAGAUUCACUCUGUGGGCGACAUCCUAGCCACUGUGCUGGCUCCUCUUGAGGUCUUCAGGCGCUUUGUCUGGAACUUCUUCCGUCUGGAGAACGAGCACCUGAAUAACUGUGGUGAGUUUCGAGCUGUGAGGGAUAUCUCUGUGGCUCCUCUCAACGCUGACGACCAGACGUUGCUGGAGCAGAUGAUGGACCAGGAGGACGGCGUCCGCAACCGCUCAGGCAAAAAGACCUGGAAGAGAUCCUACAGCCUGUCACUCCGACGCCCCCUGCUGUCCUCCUCACAAUCCAAAAAGGACACCAAGGUGCUAAUCGAAGACACGGAUGAUGAGGCCUUCAGCUGAAUCCACAGGAUUAGCACAUACACACAAACACACUCACAGUCAUAGUAUACUUAUAAGGACCUCGUCCACUAACACCCAAACCUCAACCCUUCUCCCUCAUAGAAAAAAGUCUAGAAACCUCUAACCCUCAGUCUAAACCUUUAAAGCAGUGAGGACACACACUGCCCUCACGUUGGACAGCUUACCUCAUCUUUACAUCCUGUUGUGUACAUUUGGUCUUUAUAAGUAUAGAUAGAAACACACACAACACACACACACAAAAGAUAAACCUGCUGAAGCACAAACAUAGUGUCACAAUACUACAUUAGAGGAGAGAGUAAAUGCAACACAGACAAACAGCGAGACAGAUGGACAGACGUUUAGGGAAAUCUUCUGCAUGUAACUGGAAACACUGACCACACUGCCCUGGGAUUAUUCUCUUCUGUUUUUUUAAAUGACUUUUUAUUGAAUUAUGAGUAGUUUACUUUGAGACACUUGUGUUUCCUUAGAUUUUUCUUUACUUUUUCUGGAUUUAUGUUGAACAGCUGCAUAAAAAGGCUACAGAUGACUGUUUACACGUCUUUAUAACUACUCUAGGAUCAACAGGGAGAAGACAAGCCAAUCAAAAGACUAAACAUGAAUCAAUACAAACCUGAGGAAGGACUUGACGCAAAUCACAGCAUAUCGUAACAAAUCAACUAGUUUCAGCUCGUUGAUUCUUUUAUACUUCAUCUUUUUUUCUUUUUUUUUAAUACUCUCAGUCACAGCCCUGGAGGCACUUGCAGGAAAAGUGCAUUUAAUACACGAAACAUAAAAAUAACGACAACAAGGGAUGUUUUUUGAUUCAAACAUUUCUAGUCUGUGAAGUUGCUUUGUAAUAUAUUUAAUAUAUUUUGAUGUGCAUUGUUACUCUAUUGUAGUUGUUAAGUACUUCUACAUGUGUCGUUUCUACUAGUGAGACUAGUUUGAGCAUCCACACAAUGAUUGUUAAUGUAUUUUAUAAUGUCUGGAAUGUUUUUUCUUGGUUGUGCCACAUUUCUAAUAAGCUCGUAGUGAGACCUUAAUAUAUCCCCAGGUUCAAAUUAGCGCAAACUGAUUGUGAUAAUGCUGUCAUCUUAAAGUGCCCUAUUAGCUGUAGUUUAUUUAUAUGCAUUGCUUUUAUUUGCAUUAACUACCAAAGCUUUCUUAUGUGAAUGUGACUGUGGUUACAGUGGCUCUGUCCAUCCAACCUGCACAAAGCUUAUCUACAAAAGUUCAUAUAUAUGUCAUAUAUUGGGCUAUUUGAGCAGGUAGUCUCCCUGCUGUUAUAAUCACAGUGAUUUUAGCAGCUUCAGACUUUUAGUUGAAGUGUUAGUGAGUCAGAACAGCAUACUUUCAUGCCAGUGGUUUUCAAAUGGGAACGGGACCAGGGAGGAAAAUGUGAAGCACAUUUAAAAUUGAAUGAAUCUGAGUCAUAAAUGUUGUAAUAAACAAAAAAAGGAACAAGAGUGCUCUGAUGAAAACAAGCCUUUAAAAAUUCUGCUCUGUAAGAUUUUUGAGAUAGCACAACAAUAUGAAAAAAACAUGGUCUGAUUGGUCAAGACUAAACGUGAAAAGUUUUGUCUGUCAGCCUUGAGUCUGUCAUUUUAUGUUGCCCGAACAAACACAAUUCUUAUAUGUGCGCAAAGACAAUUCCUGUUUCAAGCUCAAGCUAAAUUCAAGUAAAUGCAACUAAACUUUAAAUGUCUCUUUAUAGUACGGGGUCAAAAAUGAUUGACUAUUUUGGUCAAACUACUAAGAGAGAUGUGACAACAGAGAGUUUGAAGACCACUGGUUUAUUAUUACAACACUCAACACUUUCAACCUGCUGAAAAGCGUGACAACCUUCCCCCCAAACACACACAGACAAUGUCUGUUGCUUGAUGAGCAUUUUUUUUAUACUUUUCUUUGAAUGUGCUGCUGAAAAUGGUUUCAGGGAGCUUUUUGUGCCAUGUAGGGGGUUUCCUACAACAGAGAGUUAGUCUUUAACACAAUGAAUCUGUCCUCUUCUGAUGUUAGUUCGUCUAAACUGGAAAUUUGGCAAAUAUAACCUCUUGUUCUGGUAUUGAUUGAGUUCAAAUCUUGCAAAUUUUGAGGUCACUCUGAUACAAAGUUCUUAGGCUUUAAAUAUCCAUCACUUGUGAUAUUUUUCCCUGCUCCACUCGACUUUAAGGACCCUGAAUCAGUCAGCAUUUCAGUAACCCAACAUAUAUUGUUUGUCUGAUGUGUACUGUUGCCUUUUUGUUUUAGCACUUUAAAAAAAACGGUUUCAAUUGUUGAGAUUUGUUUAAUCAAGUGUCAUUAACUCAUGCAAGACAAGAAAAGCUAUAUUUUUUGUUUGUUUGUUUUGCGCGUUGCUACUGCUGAAAAAGAGUCCCUAGCUUCCAGAAUGGGAAGAAAACUCUAACUCGGGUACAAGUUUCACAGUGUGUUCCUGUUUGCCCCCCCUCUCUCUGCCCCCUGCUCUGCUGUUUCUCCCUGAGGCUGCUCUUCGUCAUCACCAGCCCAUCAUAAGACUAAACCAAGAGAGCUGUGAGACACAUGUCAUAGAGAAAGUCCUGUUUCUUCUUCUUCUUCUUCUUCUUCUGUUUCUGUUUCUCCUGUAGCAGCUCUAAGAAUGAAAAGCAUCCAUGUGCAAUGAGCUCAAUGUGAACUGGAUAGUGAGAGAAUGUGUUUUACCUGUUAAAAUGUAGAAGAUGGAUAGUUUCCCUAUCUAUAUAGACACACUAAACUCAUGCCAUAUUACACACACACACAUGCACUCACACACAUAUUGCCUCUCUCCCAACACUACAGCAGAUAGUUUUGUAAAAAGACUGUGUUGUCAUGCCUGCAUGCUGCUUUUGUUUUACAUUGUACAUAGAUCUUAAUUUAUUUGACAUAAUGUGUAUAUUAGCAAUCAUUGCAUCUACUGUGUUGAUGAUUGAGCGCAUAUAUUGCCAUUUUUGCUCCAAACAAACAGUAUUUUGGAGGUGAUGAGGAGCCUUUUUUUGAUUGGUCACAAUCUUGCACUCUUUUUCAUGUGUAAAUCUUUUCAAAAUGUGUUUGUAUAAAAACAGAGAAAAAAAACACAGAAGUGGAAAAUGUGAUUGGUCAUAUCUUAUUGGUGAUUUCCUCUCAUUUCAAGGCUCCAACAUCUCCGCAAUGGUGUGGGACAAAAGGGGGCAGAUGACUGUCUCCUGAAGCUGUAACACUGUUUGUACAUUUGUGAAUGUGCAUGAAAUGUUGUGGACGUUCCAUGCUUCGUUGUUGCCGCCCUGCUGACAGAAGCACUUUGUCAUACUGUAAGGCACAGGAACAGAGCCCAGAGGACCCUCAUUAUAACAAGAUGCUGUUAAACUGAUCCCAGAUCUGCUGACAAACACAUCUCAGAUGUUUUAUUUGCUCUCUGGAAGCAUUUUUGAGAUGCUUCUCUGUGAGAGAACAAAUGUUUUAGUGACUAGUGUCUGUUCACAGAUGUUCAGUAUGUGGAAACAAAAACAGGGUUCUUUUGUAGAGUUUGUGUUUUUGAUGAGAUCAUGAUGGCGAGAAGCCCUCAAAUCCCAUUUGUUUUCUCAUGGGUGAAGAUGAUUUUGUUUUCACUGCUUGCUGAAACCCCCCUGAUGUUCAAGUGCUCAAUAUUUGUCCCUCUCUCGAUGUUGUUCGUACCCGUUCUCUGAUCUAGCUCAACGUGAUAGUCCCUGUAGUUUGGUAAAUUGAUGUUCUACUUUGAUAAGAUACAAAAAAGAUAAUAGAUGACAUACAUUGUGUCUAAAUGUGAUUUUAAGAGACAUAAAGAAAGAAAGAUGUCUUACAUUCUGAACCAUCUUCCUCCCCCGAGUCCUUUUUACAGAGUAGUUUGUACAUGUUGAGUGUAUAACACUGUUCUAUGAUGGUUUUCCUGAUGGUAUUUGUAUUUCUGUAUCCACUUUGGUGAUCCUGUCAUAUCUGGGUUUUAUAAACCACGAUUAUUUUUAAAACUCA